AUGGCCAGGGACAGGGAACGGGGAGACAGCAUCUCGCCGUCUGCCGGCCAAUCAAAACGAGCUGCAAAUCAGCAAGACAGCGAUUCAUUGGACAGCGACCAGACGCAUCACAGUCAACAGCAUCAUAAUCAGCAGCAGCGCACGCAUCACAAACCCCAGAGACACCAUGUCGGAGGUGGAGGAGCCCGCUUACAUGCAAGAGUCCCGUCAUCAAAAGGACUCUCCAAGCACAACACCUCCACGUCUUCCACAAAACUAAACCGCCGAGUCACAUCUCCCUCACCAGAGCGAUCCACCGGGCUUACCGCGAACCACCGCCGAAAUCCCUCGUCCGAGGUGAAACUUACCCGCAACCCGUCCACGACAAGCCUCAAGAAGAACCAUUCCCAGACCAGCCUGAAGCGCAACCGCUCCCAAGUCGAAGUCGCCAAGCGGAACAAGUCUUCGGGCCAGCUGAAGCGGUCCUCCUCAGAGAAGGCUGUCAACAAGGUCAAGUCUUCCAAGUCGGCGGUGCACUUCGAUCUCGGCAACGACGGCCAGGAAGACGAAUGGAUCGAUGCUAGCAGCUCUGCGUCCCCCUAUUUGUCACGACGCGGAUCUGUCAACACCAGUGGCCAGUCAUCGGGGAAUGCACACGGGAGCGCAGCCGGGAGUCCAGCAGCAGGCAUAAACGGCGACGAGGAACCCACCCCCCUAGCGGAGCCGCAGAAGCUCCUCUUUGCCGGGGACAAGGAGCACAGCCGGACUCUGACAUCAAAGUUGCUUCAGCGGACACCAUCACAUAGUGCUACCACUGGCAUGUCCAAUACAAUGGCAAUGGCGCGGGCUACGUCGCCCGAUAGUCGGCAUUCUGCCAGUACACUGUCUGUGACGCCGGCGCAGCCCCAGGGCGUUGUUGGAAGCAACGGACAGGAGGAGGUUACAUCACGAUUCGUUUCGCAGACAGCGGCUAGUUCGUUCUACACGUCCGGCGAGCCGGGCUCGGGGCCUAAGAGGCCCAGGUCCAUGGGAAACUUCCCUGGAUCAGCGGACAAUGGACUACCCGAGACCACUCAAGCCCGUGAUGACGACGACUUAACAGACGAGGAGGACACUGGUGUUACAAGCAGUGCGAUAGCAACCACGGCCCGAUCCAGAGAGGUGGGCGCCGUGGCGGCAGCACCGUCUGAAAAGAGCCGGACACAGCAGAAAAUAAAUCUGCAACGCGCCAGCUCGUCCAUGGAGCCAGUCCGUCACCGGCACUCCGCAAUUGGCGGCUUCGCGGCUGAGGUGGCCGAGGUGGCCGGCCCCUUGCUAGGUGGUGCAGGGUACGAAGCGCAGGAUCCGAGAGUCAACAGGCUUCUCGAGCGUACCGGGGUUGAGUAUAACAUAGUACGUCGCUACCAAAAUCCCGUCGCUCGCAGCCUGGCACGGCUGGCACAGAUGCCUGGCAACGACAAAGCGAGGAGGAUACCACGGCCAGGUACAUCCGGAGGGGCGGGCAGCCGUAGCUCUGUGAACUUGGCCGGUGGUGGGCAAUUCGGACUCAGCCAGAGCUUUAGAGACGUCAGGGACGGCAGCAACGGUGCACGGGGACCGCCGACUCCCAAGAGAGCGAACACAUCGGUCAGGCACAACGGCGCAGGUUCCAGCUUGGACACGGAUGACGGUGGUGCCAGCAGACUGCACGAGGGGCAAGGCCUCAGCGGAGCUAGUCUGGUCAACGGGGAUGAUGAUGAUGGGAUCCAGGCGAUACUAAGGAGCAUGUGGGACAAGAGCACUUUAGACUUAGCCGCGAGCCAGUAA